CAUUAUUCAAAGAACCCAUAAGGUAUAAAGUCAAAUUAAUCCAAAAAAAAAAUUAUAAAAAAUAUCAGGAAAAAUCUCAUCACAUCUUCCGUAUCUAUAUCUUUACCAAUAGGUUCGUUUUUUCUACGGUUAAAUCUUCCAUUGUUGUUGCUAAGUUCCUGUACAAUAAUGGAUAGAAGGUUAAUUGAAGCUGCCCAGAUGGGUAAUGUUGACCUUUUGUUCAAUUUGAUCAAAUAUGAUCCCCUAAUUCUACACUCUGUUUCAUUAGCAGAGGAAGAGACUCCAUUACACAUUGCUUCCAUGGCUGGCCACCUCAAUUUUGUACAACAAAUACUAAAAUUGAAGCCAGAAUUCGCCACGGAGCUCAACCAAGACGGUUUUAGUCCCCUCCAUAUUGCCUCGGCAAAUGGGUAUCUAGAGAUUGUUAAAGAGCUCUUGAGAGUGGAUCGUGAUAUGUGUGCGGUGAGGGGAAGAGAGAAGAGGAUACCCCUCCACUACGCGGUGAUCAAGGGUAGAAUUCAUGUUAUGAAGGAAUUGCUCGCUGCUAGCCCGGAUUCUGUUGAACACGUCACUGUUCGGGGAGAGACUGCCCUUCACCUUGCAGUCAAGAAGAAUCAAAUUGAAGGGUUGAGAGUGUUGGUGGAACAUAUCAAGGAAUUCAAGAAAGAGGGUGUUUUGAAUAUGAAGGAUGAACAUGGCAACACCAUCUUGCACCUAGCUAUCUCGGGAAAACAGUACGAGGUUGUCGACUUAUUACUUGGUGAACUUUCCGUUACUAGGGCAGUGAUGGAAGUGAAUUCCUUAAACAAGAAGCGAUGA